AUGGAAGACACGAAGAAGCAAGCGCUCUUGGAGGGUAUCGAGGCGAUCAAGCAGGAUAUUAAGCAUUCGACUUCCGAAUUGCAGACCAAGAAGCAGGCCAAGGCUGCUCAGGCCGAGCUCGAACCUCUGCUCAACAAGCUGAAGGAUUUGAAGGCCAAGCUUGUCGCCUCGGAGAAGGAAUUCAAAGAUGCCUACCCCGAUGCCGCUGGCCAGGGUCUCUCGAAGAAGGAGGCCAAGAAGGCUGCUUCCAAGGCCGCCAAGAAGAAGGGCACCGAAGGCGCUGCUGAGCCCGUGAAGGAGCAGCAGUCCUUCGACAACUUUGGCGUGCGUCCGCUCAUCCGAUCCGAGGAGCGAACCCACAAGGUCUACACCAACGUGGGCAACCUCUCCGCCGCAAAGGACGGCGAGACCGUGUUCGUUAGGGCACGUCUCUACACUGUGCGCGGCACUGGCAACAAGCUGGCCUUCGUCGUGCUGAGGCAGAGGACCGCCACGGUCCAAGCCGUGCUUGAGAAGAACGAAACGGUGUCGGUCGAGAUGAUCAAGUUCACCAAGGGCAUCCACCGCGAAUCCCUGGUCGACGUUGAGGGUGUGGUCACCAAGGCCGGUACCGAGAUCGCAUCGUGCACCCAGAAGGACGUGGAGCUCCGUGUCACGAGCCUCUUCGUUGUCAGCCAGACUCUCCUUCAGGAGCUGCCCCUUCUCCUCGAGGAUGCCUCCCGCCCGGCUCCCAUCUUGAAGGCCCAGAAAGCCCAAAUCCGGAAGAUCCAGGCCGAGGCCAGCGCCGUCGAGGCCGAGCUUGAGCAGGCCAAGAAGGAGGGCAAGGACGUGACCGAACUUCAGGCCAAGCUCGAGGAUCUUUCUCGGCAGAAGAGCGAGGCUCAGAAGUUCGUGAAGGUGGGUCAGAAGACCAGGCUCGACAACCGUAUUCUCGACCUCAGGACUUCGGCCAACAACGCCAUCUUCAGGAUCCAGUCUGGCGUGUGCCAGCUGUUCAGGGAGUUCCUGCUCGGCCAGAGCUUCACUGAGAUCCACACUCCCAAGAUGAUCUCCGCCGCUUCGGAGGGCGGUGCCGGCGUCUUCAAGCUUGGCUACUUUGACGGCUUUGCCUACCUUGCCCAGUCGCCUCAGCUCUACAAGCAGAUGGCCAUCUGCGCCGACUUUGAGCGAGUGUUCGAGAUCGGCCCCGUGUUCCGUGCUGAGAACUCCAACACCCACCGCCACCUUACGGAGUUCGUCGGUCUCGAUCUCGAAAUGGCCUUCCACGAGCACUACCACGAGGUGCUUGAUGUGCUCGACGCCCUCUUCACGUUCCUCUUUGACGGCCUCAAGAACCGGUACGCCGUCGAACUCGAGGCCGUCAGGGCUCAGUACCCCUUCGAGGACCUCAAGUACACCUCGCCCUCGCCGCGCAUCGAAUUCAAGGAGGCCAUCGCCCUUCUGCGAGAGGACGGUGUCGAAAUCGGCGACUACGACGAUUUGAGCACGCCCCAGGAGAAGCACCUGGGCAAGCUCGUGAAGAAGAAGUACGGCGUGGACUUCUACAUUCUGGACAAGUUCCCCUCGGCCAUUCGUCCCUUCUACACCAUGCCCGACCCCAAGAACCCCAACUACUCGAACUCGUACGAUUUGUUCAUCCGCACGGAAGAGAUCUGCUCGGGCGCCCAGCGUAUCCACGAUGCGGCGUUGCUCGAGGAGAAGGCCAAGGAGAAGGGCGUUAGCAUUCCCACCAUCCAGGCCUACAUCGACGCGUUCAAGUAUGGCGCGCCACCUCACGCCGGUGGUGGCGUGGGCCUGGAGCGCGUGGUGAUGCUCUACCUGGGCCUCAGCAACAUCCGCAAGUCCUCCCUCUUCCCUCGCGACCCCACCAGGCUCACCCCCUAA